CCUCUUUAACCUCUCGGCGCUGGGAAGUCAACGAGAGAGGGACGACGGCGCAUGCGCUUGUUGACUUGCCCGAGCUGAUCGUCGGCACCAGCAGCAUGGCCAGGUACCUCGCUCAGAUCAUUGUAAUGGGGGUACAGGUGGUAGGUCGAGCCUUCACACGAGCCCUGCGGCAGGAGUUUGCUGCCAGCCAGGCUGCUGCUAAUGCGAGAGGCCGGGCUGGAAGACAAUCUGCGGCAACAUCCAGCCUCACGGGAAUGACACUGCAGGAGGCCAAGCAAAUCCUUAAUGUCUCCAAGCUCACUCCUGAGGAGAUUGAAAAGAACUACGAGCACUUAUUUAAGGCAAAUGACAAAUCAGUUGGAGGAUCGUUUUAUGUGCAGUCAAAGGUGGUGCGAGCAAAGGAACGACUUGAUGAGGAGCUCAGGAUUGCACAGCAGAACAAGGAAAACUCUCAAACUGGCAGCCAUUCACAGCAGCAUCCAGAAACCUGACAGUUUUGUUUCCUCCUCAUUCUUCCUCCCUGUAAUUUAACUUGUAAAGUUAUACUCAGCAACCAAGGACUGUGUGUGUGUGCACUGUAUUAUAUGUGAAGAAUUAAAACAAAUUAAUUAUGGAUUA